UGAUGGCGGCCGCCGCUGCUGCCGCCGCCGCCGCCGCUGCUUCGGGCUCGGCCGCCGCGGCCGGGCGGGCGCCGGUGCUGCUCUCCUGCCUGCUGGGCCACUUGGGCGGCCUGCUGGUGACGGUGGCAGCCGGGCAGGCCCAGGUGGAGGUGCUGCUCCUGCCGCCCCCACCGCCCCCACCGCCGCCGCCGCCCGAGGAGCCGCCGCGGCCCGACUGUGAAGGCAGCGGCGGCCGCUACACCUUGCAGGGCGCGCUGCUGGGCAGGCCCGGGCUGGAGAGGGAGCCGCCGCAGCGGCAGGCCCGGGCGGAGGAGGCCGGCGAGGCGAUCCGGGGCAGCCUGGUGCUGGUGGGGGAUACUGACCCCAAGCUGGAAGACGAUGACAGUUGGAUUGGCGUUGUCCCGGUGGGCGAGGAACAGGCCGAGGUCCAGAAAGGCAGCAAAGAAGAGUCCUUCACUACCGCUGUGGUCAACAAGAUGAAGCGGGCCCUGGUCCUGGGCGCCUCUGCCCUGCUCAUCCUUGCGCUGAAUCAGAACGCGAUCCGAGAGCUGGACGUCUCCCAGGUUCUGUCGAAGCCUGUAAUCAUUGUUCAGACUUCGGAAAACGUCACCAAGCUUCUCGGAGCGCUGCUGCGAGGUCUCCGGGCUACAGCCAAGGUCACGUAUCAAGCAGUUCUGCUGGAGAACGUGGGGGUGACACUGACCCUGUGGUCCACGUGUGGUCUCUCGCGCGGUGGCCUGUAUGGAGAGUGGCAGGGCGUCAUUUGUACGGGAGAGAAUAGCUCGAGAGUCCAGAAGUACCUCCAGCAGCUGUGGAACGCCAUCCUGCUCAUCGCACUCAUCCUGUGCACGGGGGUCAUCAUGCAGGCGCAACGGCAGUCCCGGCACAGUCGGCCGGACCAAGAAUCCGAGCCGGAUCUCAAACAACACAUCGCGCAGAGGCUGUCGACAUUGAAAACCCGCCGUUACCACCCCGGCAAGCCGCCCCGGAGUUGGGCUCACGAGAUCGACAGCUGCGCCGUCUGCUUGGACCGGUUUCACAAGAAUCAGUGUCUCCGAGUGCUGCCGUGCCUGCACGAAUUUCACCGGGACUGCGUGGACCCGUGGCUGCUGCUCCAGCAGACCUGCCCCCUCUGCAAACACAACAUUCUAGGAACCUGUUGUCAAGACAGCUAGCGAGACGGCGGGCUGUCCUUGAGGAUGGAUGGAGAGCGGGCCACGGAGAACCUGCUUCCCUGGCGUCUUUCGUGACCUCGGUGGCUGCUUGGUGCAGAAGGGGAGUGACAUACUUGGGCCCUUUGGGCUCCCUCUAGAUGGGAAAUGUGUGUGUGUGU